CCUACUCCGUUAUGGAUGUGUGGAAUGUUGGAAAGAAGAAAGCCUCCAUGGCCUCUUUGAGACUUUACGACGUUCAUCGACAGUUAACUGUCUCUUCCGAGCUGGCCCCAGACACGCCUGUGAACUUCAUGAGAUAUAUGGAUAUUAUUAAGGAAGUGAACUCAACACUCUAUUCGCAAAAAACCUUGUAUAAUCCGGAUUACCCUGUUCUGGAAAGGCAAGUGGCCAUUGCAGGCGAAUUAGCGCAGAGCGACGUGGAACAGAGGCUCGCCAAGUGGCAAACCAUCGCCGUCGUUACACUACCACGGCCCGCCAACAUCAGCGGUCUGAGCCUGGUCACAGAUUUAGACGAGUACCUGUCCGGCUCAAUAGAUGCCGUCAGCGUGGCCACCAAACAGCAAGAUACGGAAAUGAAGAAAAUCAUGUACGACCGGGGUCAGAACAUUAUUGUGGAGCUAGGCGAGAAGCUUAAUUCCACAAUUGAUACAAUUAACAACGUCUUGCUUCCUGCCAUUGAUAAUGAGUUUACAUCUUUGGAGAAGGUAGCGAAUGAAACAAUCGACAGGAUCAAAAUGGCCACUGACAACGUUGAAAAAGACAAACAGAAGCUGAAAGACCUCGAGAAGAAGAAGAACGCGGCCCGAUUCUUCAGUAUCUUUGGUAAAGUGGUUGGAUUGCUCGGUGGACUCUUGGCUGUUGCUUUCCCACCUGCUGGUGCGGUCGUGGGGGUAGUUGGUGGAUCUAUUGCUGUAGGUGGGGACGAGUGGGGAAACGACCUAGAUAGCAUGAUCAGUGAACUCAAGGAAGAGAUUUCCAAGCAAAUGAAACUAGGAGAAGAUUACGGCAUCAUCUUGGAGCUCCUUACGAGCACCGAAGAACUCUUGAAGUCUAUGCGCAAAGCCGGCUCUAGCGGCGGUUUGGGUUUGAGAGCGUGGCUGGUGAGCCCUGCGAUGCUCGACUUCAGGUCCAAAUUGGUCAUCAUGACCCCGGAGCACUUCGAGGCGGCCCAGUCCGGCAGCUAUUUGGCCUCCAUCCUCUCAGACAUCUGUCAGAACGUGAUCGGAGCCAUGGAUAAGUCGGAGUACUACAUCGGUCAGAUAAAUAUCAUCAGUCAACUUACGCCCCCGCUGCCGUCGACUGGGGACUCACCAGAGAUCAGCCCCUACAUUGUCCCUGCACGGACGACGGUGUACAAGAACAUGGUGCUGAGUAACCACAGGACGGUCAGGCGAGGCAUGCAGCUGUACGCCUACCCAUUCUGCUCUGUCAUCAGCGAGAGCUUGGCCGAGUCUUGCGAGGCUGGGCGCACGCUUGAAGAGUUGGUGCGGUGUGCGUCCGACGACUUCACGCGCCUUCGCGCCGCCAUCAAGCAGGACUCGUCGACGAGUUCGAGGAGCGGGGCCGGACUGAGCUGCGCCACGUUCGACGUGGCCCACAACCGGGACACGUCCUUCACCACCUGGACCAACGCCGAAUACGGUUCACAGAUAAGGGACCUGCUGGCCGGCAAACGCGUGCUGCUCAACGCGGACGUCGCCACCAGUCUCGAGGACACCUUCGCCGUCAAGUUCAACGCCGUGAGCCUCAAAUUCUGGCACGGGAACUACUCCAAGCACCAGGAGCUGCACAAAGCCCUCGAGCAGGGCUUUAGGCUGCACCUGACCCAUAUGGGGAACUCGUACUUCAAGUGCGGCUCGGACGUGGUGACCUUCCCCCACCGCCUGGUGACGCUCCUGGCGUCCUUCAGCGUGCACGCCAACGGCGAGCCCGAGUUCGCCAGCGAGGACUACCUCAAGUUCCAGCGGGGCGAUGCCUUCCUCAGCCCCUACGCGACGUGGGCCGCCCAGCUGCUGCCCGUCACGGCGCGCGGUUCGCCUGCCAUCAACUUCUCCACCCUGAAGGCCUACGCUGACGAUGUCAGCAUGUCCCUUGUGGGCUACGGGACGUCCGUCAGCAGCGCCUCGCACUGCCAGGAGUGCGACUGGCCCGACUUCCACGUCGCCGCCAAAAGGCUGCCGGUGCGCGUCAUCCCGAAGAUCAAACAUCCUCUCCGUCCGAGCAUACCGUCGGAUAUGAAAUUAAAGGCAUCAAGCAGACACUGCCCAUGGCGUCCGCUGGCCACCGAAUAAGUUGUCCCAAUUCAAUAAUUGCUCUUAAAAAGAUUUUGAUUCAAGGAGUCGUCUCUGAGAAGUUGGUGUGAACGUUGGGUGGAUUGCAAUGGUACUCAGUAGGCAUAAAGGUUAUUAAAACUUUCAUGUAUGUCUAUCAUGUAUCUAGGACUGUAUUUGCGUCAAUUUUAUAAA